AGGACGAUUAGACUUGUAACGAAAAAUGGAAGGAAGCCCAAAACCAGCCACAUUCACACACGUUAGAACCUUUCUACGUGCCUGCUACUGCUGCUGAUGACAUCAAUAACAGUAUAUGUUGGAAUUCAAAGAUAGCAAUGUGCCUUUCCCUUAUAAUGCAAUCUUAUUGCUCCAUCUUGCAGAAAACUUUUCCUAUUCCUCAUUGGAAAGUCGCAGUGGCUUUCUCUCUAUAGAAGCAGGACAAUCAAAGCAGUAUGUGUAUCAAACGACAGCCUUCCAAGUAUUCUUAUGAGAUUUUUGUCUUUACGUCCUUAUUUUGUUACAGUAGCGAGCUACAAACCGUUCAUCUUACCAGAUGAGCAAGAUGAAUAUCAAAGGACCUCAGCGCCACUUGUACCACUGGGUAUGGAUUCUUCCCACAGAACUAUACAAUUCUUAAAGUGCAAAAAUAUUAUACCUGUCUUACAGUACAAUGAUAUAACUGAUAUAGAAGCUCCUUCGUGAAAUCCAGCACUAGGAUAUUCACUCGAAGAACAGCCUUCAAAGAAAUGCUAAUAAGACACCUUGUUACAUCCUCUUCAUUCCGUUACAGCUUUUGCAUUGAUAAUCUAGAAAAUAACACGGUCUUCGCUUGCUUAAAAAGUAUCAUCUUAUCUGAACUGGACAGAUCACUAUGUCAUUCUAGGUUUAUCAUAUAUUUUAACCAUCUUGGUAAGUCGUUCUAAAAGUGAAUUUUGUAUCUUAUUUUACCAAGACAGUUGGUUGAAAAACGCCAGUAUCUGCCGGAAUUCUGUAACCAAAUUUUGGUUAAAAAAUAUAUCCCCAAUAAUUUGUGGAUAUAUGUCCUAGUAAGAAAGGACUACUUACAUAAGAAUAGGGAGGCUUGUCUCAUUGAUUGUUUAAAGGUCGCGUGACAGGAAGAAUAGGACAAUUUACUG